GCGCCCAGGCCUGUCAGUCGGCGAGACUCUGGCUCUGCAGAGGAAGAUGGCGCCGCGACAAAACAGAGUCUCUACGCUGCCUCGGCUUCAGCUGUGGGUGCUGUUGUUCCUGCCGCUGCUGCUCGUGCCCCAGCCCAUCGCCGGCCAUGGCGGCAAGUACUCGCGGGAGAAGAACGAGCCCGAGAUGGUCGCCAAGCGCGAGCCCGGGGAGGAGUUCCGCAUGGAGAAGAUGAACCAGCUAUGGCAGAAGGCCCAGCGGCUUCAUCUGUCUCCUGUGAAGUUGGCUGAGCUCCACUCUGACCUGAAGAUACAAGAAAGGGACGAACUCAACUGGAAGAAACUGAAGGUGGAAGGCUUGGACAAGGAUGGGGAGAAAGAAGCAAAGCUGAUCCACAACCUCAACGUCAUCUUGGCCAGGUAUGGACUGGAUGGGAGGAAGGACACCCAGAUGGUGCACGGCAACGCACUCAAUGAAGACAUCCAGGAUGAGCUGGGGGACCCCAGGCUGGAAAAGUUGUGGCACAAGGCAAAGACAUCAGGGAAAUUCUCCAGUGAGGAGCUGGACAAGCUGUGGCGGGAGUUUCUGCACCACAAGGAGAAGAUCCACGAGUACAAUGUGCUGCUAGACACACCGAGCAGAGCUGAAGAAGGUUAUGAGAACCUCCUCAAUCCCUCUGACAUGAGCCACAUCAAGAGUGAGGCCCUGAGCAGCAAGCAUGGGGAGCUGAAGGACAGGCUGCGGAGUAUCAACCAGGGCCUGGACCGCCUGCGGAAGGUCAGCCACCAGGGCUACAGCCCCACCACUGAGUUUGAAGAGCCCCGAGUGAUAGAUCUGUGGGACCUGGCCCAGACCGCCAACUUCACUGAGAAGGAACUGGAGUCAUUCCGGGAGGAGCUCAAGCACUUCGAGGCCAAAAUCGAAAAGCAUAACCACUACCAGAAGCAGCUGGAGAUUUCCCACCAGAAGCUGAAGCACGUGGAGAGCAUCGGGGACCCCGAGCACAUCAGCCGCAACAAGGAGAAGUACGUGCUGCUGGAGGAGAAGACCAAGGAGCUGGGCUACAAGGUGAAGAAGCAUCUGCAGGACCUGUCCAGCAGGGUCUCGAGAGCUCGGCACAAUGAGCUCUGAGAGGAGCCAGCAGCAGCAGUCCCAAGAGGCUCUUGAAGACAUCGGGAGCCGCCAGCUUGUCAUCUGCAUGCACAGACCUGUGGUAGCUGGUGUAGCUGGCCACAGUGAUGUGGCGAGGGCGAUUUGGACACAUCAGUAUGAUCCUGCUGUGUGGUUGGCAUGAACUUCUUUCAAGUGUGGCUGUCAUCCCCCUGGUUGAGGGCCUUGGGUCCAGCUACCAAUGAGAUGUGACUAUCCUCCAUGCUGCAACAACCCAGUUUACACUGAAAUUAUGUAAAUCUGUCACUGGAAAUGUUAUAUAUGGAGUCCUUAAAUACAUGGCAGGAUUUUGAGCCAUCCAGUCCUUGCCUGGUAUCUCGACGGAUUGGGUCCACUUGAGUCAGAGCUGGCACCGUGGCCAAGUAAGUUACAGAUGAAAGGAGGAGGGUGGGCUUGUCUACCCACUUGAAGCAUUUGCCUGAAGGCCCCAUCCUCUCUCUUUGGUCCCCAGACAACUGCUCUCUCCUUCCCCAGUGUCCCAAUCCCAGAUGGUUUUAAAUCAAGAGCCCAUAAGAGGUGAGAUUUCAGGAAAAAGAUGGCAUAGGUAAAGCCAGCUGGUUAGGGGGAGGGGCAUUUUCUGCCUCCCAAAAUAUCCCGAUGGGCUUCCAUGUCCAGACUCAGUAUCUGAUCCCUCACACAGGAAAGUAGCCAGAAGGGUCUCUGACCCCUUCAGCUGAUCCUGGACGAUCAGGCCUUUUGGGUUCGAGAUCUUCUGGAUCUCAGCUCAAAGUUGAAAUCUGCCUAACAGUGCAAUGUUGGAGAGUGUCAGCAUCGGAGAUAGGGCUUGGUGAAUAAAAUGCUUACCCUGAAAGCUUGGGGUCUAGAGUUUGGAUCUCCAGAACCAUGUGAAUGCCUAGUGGGUGUGGUGGCCUGCCUGCAAUCCCAGCACUUGAGAGGCAGGGAAAGAGGACAGCCAGGGUGAGCUGGCUAGCUGUAUCAGUCAAUUAGCAAAAGUAGAGCAUGAUGGGAGAAGACCCAUUCAGUUCUGAUUGCGCACACACUUACAUGUAUACCUAUACACAAGUGAACACACAUAGAUGUUGUUCAUAUAUGGGCAAAACUUCCAGGGCAGCAUGCAAGAAGCCUGUGGGUUAAGGACAGCAGCAACAAGGAAUAGCAUGUCACACUGGCUCCCUCACCCCACAGUGUGUGCCACUAUCCGUGCCACCUAGGAUGUGUCCCUUUCAGAACUAGUAACUAUCUGCCCAGAGAAGUGCUUGUCACCAGGGUCUCAGCGCUGCCUUUCUUGGUUCAGCCCAAGAUAUACACUCAGGUACCCAUUAAGGGCCCCCUGUGACACACAGAGCUCAGGGCCUAGGAUGAUGCUGGGUCCCAGACACCAGGCUCAGAGUCAACUGCAGGGGGAAUGCCUGGUAUCAGAUGCAAGAGGAAAUGGGGCCUUCACUCUGGUUUGUUUCUGUCCCUAGAGCCAGAAGCCACAUUCUCGUGUUGAAAUAUAAAUGUGUUUGUGGGAGCCCAGUGAGCCAUCUCAGUGUGAGUGGUGCAGAGCCCAUAGCUGAGCUGGGAGCAGAUGUGACCAGCAUAGGAUCUGCCUGCUCCUGAGAGCUGACCUCUAGAUAUGACAUUAGGAGGCUACUCCUGACUAAUCCUCAGGAGUCAGACCCUACACACUGCUCCCUGGAUGAGUGACUCUUGGCAAGGAAACCACCUCAUGCUACAAACCUAGACGAGGUGGUUCUGGUUGGCAGUGCUCUGCCACCUAGCAAAAGUGACUAAAAGUCCUCAGGCUGGCAGGUUAAGGCAGCUGCCAAGGCUGGUGACCUAAGUUCAGUCCCCAGGGACCGUGUGGUAGAAGGAAAGAACCGAUUCAUGUAAGUUGUCUUCUGACUACAUGUGGCUGUGACAUUGUGCUCACACAAUAAAUAAUUUUCAAAGUGUU